AGACAACUGCUUCAUACAGUAUUCAGUGGUCAUGGAGAGAUUGUCCACAGUCAGCCAACAUGUCCAACAGAAGCAUCAUGGAAAGAAAAAGGAGGUGGAUGACAAACAGGAUAAGAAACUACCAGUGGAGCAGGGGACCACAGAUGAGGCGUUAAGAGAUCAGAAAGUGAUGGAAGGAGAGGCUUUGGAGAGGAGGAACAUCUGGGAACCAAGUGUUUACUACGCGCUGGGAAAGGAGUCUUUUUACAUCGCUGGUCAUGACAUCAGCAUCCGCGAGUCUAUGGAUACUUAUGGUGCUCUGAUCUGGCCUGGGGCGAUAGCUUUGAGCCAGUUUUUGGAGAAUAACCAGCAACAAGUUAACUUGAUGGACAAAUCAGUUCUGGAGAUUGGAGCUGGGACUGGCUUACUCUCAAUAGUGGCCAGUCUGCUUGGUGCUUGGGUGACAGCUACUGACCUGCCAGACAUCUUGUCUAAUCUGACCUUUAACCUCCUGCGGAACACCAAGGGCCGGUCCCGCUACACCCCUCAGGUGGCUGCCCUUACCUGGGCUCAGAACCUGAAGAGAGACUUUCCCUACCCGUCCUACGACUAUGUGCUUGCAGCUGAUGUGGUCUAUCCCCACGGCUGCCUCGAAGAACUGCUGGAAACCAUGCGUCACUUUUGCCAACCAGGAAGUCGAACAACGGUUCUGUGGGCCAACAAGAUCCGCUUCCAGUCAGACCUGAGGUUCGCAGAGUUUUUCAAGAGCAGUUUCAACACCACGCUGCUCAUUGAGCUCCCACAGCAGGAGGUGAGGAUAUACAAGGCCACAGCAAAGGAGUGA